GGGAGCGGAGAGUCAGGUGGCUGAGGAUGCGCGGCAGCAGGAGGUGGGGGAUGCGGCGGCGGCUCAAGGGUGCCUGGCACUUGCCCGUGCCCGUCCCCAGACGGGGCUAAGGAAGUCCCCGCUGCCCCCUGCCCGUACCUGCUGCGCUGCCUGGAGGCGCCCCGGGUCCGGCUGCAUGAGCAGUGGCCGCGGCGGCGGCGCCCGGCUUCUGCGGGCGCCUCCCCGUAUGGAGCAGCCGCUCCAUGGAGCCCUUCACAGCGCGCAGCACCAGCCCGCAGCCGGAGGCGGGGGCCGACGGCGGCGGCAGCAGCAGCAGCCCGGGAGAGGAGGCACCUCCGGGCGGGCCGCUCUGGACCGCAGUGUUCGAGUACGAGGCGUGCGGCGACGACGAGUUGAGCCUGCGGCCGGGGGACGUGGUGCAGGUGCUGUCCCGGGACUCGCUCGUGUCCGGGGACGAGGGCUGGUGGACGGGGCGGAUCGACCAGCGCGUCGGCAUCUUCCCCAGCAACUACGUGAGCAGCAGCGCGCACAGCCGCCGCCAGGGGGGCGCCCAGGAGCUGCGGCCCCACUACGCGCCGCCCCCGGCCAUACACCUACUGGAGAUUGAUUUCUCAGAGCUGGCUCUGGAGGAAAUCAUUGGCAUAGGAGGCUUUGGAAAAGUCUAUCGAGCUGUUUGGGAAGGAGACGAAGUUGCUGUCAAGGCAGCUCGUUAUGACCCUGAUGAGGACAUCAGCCAGACCAUUGAGAACGUCCGCCAAGAGGCCAAGCUUUUUGCUAUGUUAAAGCAUCCCAACAUCAUUGCCCUCAGGGGAGUGUGUCUGAAGGAACCUACUCUCUGCCUGAUCAUGGAGUUUGCCCGUGGUGGGUCGCUAAAUAGGGUGCUGUCAGGUAAAAGGAUCCCCCCAGACAUACUUGUGAACUGGGCUGUCCAGAUUGCCAGGGGAAUGAAUUACCUGCAUGACGAAGCGAUUGUUCCUAUUAUCCACCGUGACCUCAAGUCCAGCAACAUAUUGAUACUCGAGAAGGUGGAAAAUGGAGACCUGAGCAACAAGAUAUUGAAGAUCACGGAUUUCGGCUUGGCCAGAGAAUGGCAUAAAACCACCAAAAUGAGUGCAGCUGGAACAUAUGCCUGGAUGGCUCCUGAGGUCAUCCGCUCCUCCAUGUUCUCCAAAGGCAGCGAUGUGUGGAGUUAUGGUGUGCUGCUUUGGGAACUGCUAACUGGGGAGGUACCAUUCCGAGGAAUUGAUGGUCUAGCAGUUGCAUACGGAGUUGCCAUGAAUAAACUUGCCCUUCCGAUCCCAUCCACGUGCCCAGAACCUUUUGCCAAACUCAUGGAAGACUGUUGGAAUUCUGACCCACACUCACGACCAUCUUUCACCGAUAUACUAGACCAACUCACUACCAUAGAGGAGUCUGGCUUCUUUGAGAUGCCCAAAGAUUCCUUCCACUCCUUGCAGGAAGACUGGAAGCAUGAGAUCCAGGAGAUGUUUGAUCAGCUCAGAGCCAAAGAAAAGGAGCUGCGCACGUGGGAGGAGGAACUGACCCGUGCUGCACUCCAGCAGAAGAACCAUGAGGAGCUGCUGCGGCGGCGGGAGCAGGAGUUGGCGGAGCGUGAGAUUGACAUCCUAGAAAGGGAGCUCAACAUCAUCAUCCACCAGCUGUGCCAGGAGAAGCCUCGGGUGAAGAAGCGCAUAGGCAAGUUCAAGAAGAACCGUCUUAAGUUGAAAGAUGGCAAUCGCAUCAGCCUCCCUUCAGAUUUCCAGCACAAAUUCACUGUGCAAGCAUCUCCAACCAUGGACAAAAGGAAAAGCUUGAUCAGUAGUUGUUCCAGUCCUCCUGCAAGUCCUACCGUCAUUCCCAGACUCAGGGCCAUACAGUUGACACCUGGCGAAAGCGGCAAAGCAUGGGGAUGCAACUCAGUCCUACAGAAGGAGGAAGGAGAGGAGGAAGAGAAGAGAAGCCAGAAGAAGAAAGGGCGUACCUGGGGACCAAGUUCUCUUUGUCAUAAGGAGUUAGCUGCAGGAGAAGAUGGCCUGAAGUCUCUGGUAGAUGGAUACAAACAAUGGUCAUCUAGUGCUCCAAACCUAGGGAAGGUCCAGAGAACUACACCUGCCUUGCCAGGAUUCACCAGCCUAGCAGAGAUGGAGGAUGAGGACAGCGAGUGUCUUAAUGGAGACGAAGUGCACCCUUCACCUGGGCGCACCCCAUCAUACCUCUGCAUCCCGUUUCAGAAGAGCGGAGACUUGGAUGGCCCACCCAGUGAUGCCAAUGAGGAGUCCACCCCCAUGAAUUCUGCCACAAGCACCCCUCAGCUCACGCCCACCAAUAGCCUUAAGCGGGGUGGCUCCCAGCAUAAGCAGUGGGAGGUUGCCUUGCUUGGUUGCGGAGCAGUGCUGGCUGCUGCAGGCCUGGGCUUUGAUCUGUUGGAGGCAGGCAAGUGCCAGUUGCUGACCCAGGAUGAGCUGGAACCACCCAAGGAGGAGAAGAAGAAGCGUGACAGUAUUUUCCAGCGGUCUGGGCGCCCACGCAGAAGCACCAGCCCACCUUCCCGGAAGCUCUUCAAGAAAGAGGACCCCCUGCUACUGCUGGGCGAGCCAUCCACCUCACUGACCCUCCUCUCCCUGUCUUCCAUUUCUGAAUGUAACUCCACCCGCUCUCUGCUGCGCUCAGACAGUGAUGAGAUUGUGGUGUAUGAGAUGCCCAUCAGCCCUGUGACAGUCAAGGCUCCCUUGCCAGUAGUUACCAACCCGCUGGUCAAUGUACGCAUUGAGAGGUUCAAACAGGACCCCAACCAAUCCCUGACUCCCACACAUGUGACUCUCUCUUCCUAUGCCCAGCAAAGGGGGCACAGGCGAACCCCUUCUGAUGGGGCCAUCAAAGUAGCUGGACUGGUUGCCAAUGGGUGCUCUCCCAAUGGGUGCACUUCCAGUAACUCUUUAACUGGUGCACUGGGCACAGGUGUAUUAAAAACUCCCAGCCCAAGCCGAGAUCCAAAUGAGGUCCCUCGCCUGCCAGACCCCAACCUUGUCUUUCCUCCAACACCAAGACGCUGGAAUGCACAGCAGGACUCCACACUGGAAAGACCCAAGACCUUGGAGUUCUUGCCAAGGCCACGCCCUUCAGCCAAUCGGCAGCGGCUUGAUCCCUGGUGGUUUGUGUCACCCAGCCAAGCCAGGGGUGAAUCCUCUGCCAACAGUUCAAGUACUGACACCCCAAGCAAUCUGGACUCCUGCUUUGCUAGUAGCAGCAGCACCGUAGAGGAGAGGCCAGGACUUACUGCUCUGCUUCCUUUCCAGGUGGGUGUUCCUGUAGAGGAGCGGAUGCUAUUGGAUAUAGAUGUUGAGGGGCAGAGCCAGGACCGCACGGUUCCGCUAUGCAGAACUGAACUUAAAACAACCAAACCUGCAGCAUAUGAACUGAAACAAGAGUUCUGGUCUUAGCAUGAAAUCCAUUAGGGGGCAGUAAGCCUCUUUAGAGUCAAUCAUACUACUUGCACUGAGAAUGCACUUUGAAGACAGAUAAAAUGGAGGGAUGCUACUGAGAUCAUAUAAUGGUGCUGCCUCUAUUGAAAAUGUGUUGUCUGACUGCCUGAUUUUUAUCUGCAGUUGGAUGUAACUGGGCAACUCAAAGCUGCUGACUUCUGCUGUGGGGAUUUUCUGUAGUCUUCCUUAUCUUGUCGUUGCAGUUUGAAACGACAAUAAGCAAAAAUGAUCAUAUCAAAGUCUCUAUAUUUGACCUCUCAGAGUUUGACAAAUGUUGUAUAUUGAUAUAUAUCCCAGUAUUAACCUUGAUCCUGAGAUCCCAAGUAUUACACUAUAUCAGGCACUGGUGUUUGGUAUUUUCCCAAGGCUGUCCAAAUGGGAGAAAUAGCAAAUAUUUGGAGAUUUGCUUCACUGAAUCCCAUUCUUACGGCAGGGUUGGUCUGGCAUCUACCCGCUACUCCAGCAGAAGCACCUAGCCCACACAUGCUUGGAUUUUAUAGUCUCGAAUAAAUUCUUUGUUAAAUGCUCCUCAGAUGCAGUUUUCAUCUGGAAAUCUGACACAUUCCAUCUAAUCAAAUCUAUCUAAUUUAUAUAAUAUAAUGUAGUCCCUUUGUAUGAGUGGACCUGUAGCUAGAACAGUAAUUCACUCUUUCUGUUGAGUUCUGUGUGACCUCAAAUGCAGGCUCUCCACACUGAUGGUGUAUAACAAAACCAUCAGCAUUAGGAACCAGACAGUAUGUUUGGCUUGCAGAAAGAACUCAGUGUAUUCAUUAGUGAGGUUCUUCCUCACCCUGUCAAUGCUAGGAAAAUCAGGUAUGUAAUCCUAAUGGCCUGCUUCCAUCGAAAUCCAUGGGAGCCAGAUCUAGCACUGAGGCCUCAUAUCAUGUAGAAAAUAUGUAUCUGGAUUAAGCUAAAGUCCUAACCAGUUCCAUUCUUUAUCCUAUCCUGUUCCUACUCCUAGAUCUUAUAUCCUGGGUUAAUGUCUUUCUACUUUAAUCUCUCUUUUUUUUCUGUCCUUUUGUCAGUAGCUGGGAUGCUCCAAAUCUCCAAUAGAGUUCUUAGAUACAAUUCACUAGGUGCCAGGAAGCUUAGAGCCAAUUGGAAGAGCACAAAUCUCCAUUGCUACUUUUCUCCACAUGUUGCCAAAUGGAGAAAUCUCAGAUCAGUCCCAGUAUUCAAUGUAAUAAUGGAUUAAUGUGUUGCUCUAACCAAUCAUUCUUGAGAAGGGGAAGGUGGGCAGUGUAAAUCCAUUAUGGGAAAACCACCGUUCAGGUAAAUAUAUUAGUUCUUUGGCCUCUGAAUAAUUCAUGUGCCAGUUGCCAAGCAAGGGAAGGGAAAGUGCGUGACAUGGAGCUUCACUUGAGUUGCCCAAGAAAUAAUGGCAAAAGACUGGGGUAAAAGGUGUUAAGAUUUAAAAAUAGUUUCCAAAAAGAAGGGGGAAAUGGCAAAUGUUGGUAUCUGCGAUAACAGCAGCAAAUAGUGGUGCUAAGAGAAAAUAUAUUUACAUCUGAGAAACUCCACUCUUUUUAAAAACUGCUAUCUAGGAAUUGAAUUGAAUAAAUAACAUUUUCAAAGUAA